AUGGUCCGUUCUUUGUCGCUGAGUACCCUGGGACCACUGGCUGCAUCUGCGCUCAUUAAACAUGGGCUCGUGACUGACUCGGAUGUCGAAAUGCGGUGUGGCAGUCAAUCAAAGCACAGCAAUAAUCAAAUGCGCUUUGCCGCGACCGGUGAGUGUGUCUGCUCGCAGCAACGUCGUAAAGUGCAAAAGGCUCGAGCGAGGUGGUGCGCCCCCAAGGAUGGCUGCAAACUACGGCGGGCUGACGAUUCUUCGCUGGAGCGUUGCGUCGUCACCCAUUUAUGCAGCCAGUCGAAAACAGGCCGGCAAGGUGCCGAGGCUGAAUACGCUCUGGGCGUUUCGCCAUUCUGUUGCCUCGUGGUGGCUACAUCCGCGCAAGUCCGAGAGAGCCUCGUCACCGGCGGGAGAUUCGGCAGUGGGAGAGAAAAUCCUACAAAGGCUCUUUGUCUGCGUGUGAGUAUUGCAGAAUCAUGGCAGGCGUCGAAUCAGAAGGGCAGGCAGGCGUUUGGCCAUGGAUGCCGGUUUGCAAGCCGCACGCCGGCGCAAGGGACGAACGAUGGGCCAAAUUGUGGAGGCCGGAUGACGGGGCGUGAUUCGAGGACAAAAGCGAGCAAGUUGGAGCUGCUGCUGGCUGGAGCGAACGGUUCUCCCGGCGCAAGACAUAUCGGCCCUCCCGCGUGCUACACUGCCCCGCGAGCGGGCGAGUGCCUGAGGUCGCCGAGUCGCACCGGUGGGCGCGCGCCCUUGACUAGCCAUGGCAAGGAACUCACGUCACAACGCUGCAAACAGCACAAGGCCGUUGCCGCAGUGUUCCACACCAACUGUCACGACAGGGGUGCUGCCGUCCUUGACGAGCAAAACGACCGACGCGCCCGGAUUGAUCAGCCCUAUCAGAUAUUGCAGCAGAUGAAAGGGCAACAGGCCGCCUCGUGGCCUAUGAAGCAGAAGCUCACGCACAUGCCUGCCUGCCGGGGGGAGCAGCGGCGGCGGUGGAGGUGGAGGAGUAGCAGUAGGAAGAGGAGGAGGCAUCAACGAUGCGAGAUGACUGUGGUUGUCGUCACGAUUUGGACAGCAGUGUUUGGUCAUGGACGAGUCCAAAAAGCAGGCAUGACGGGCGGGCAGCAUGGCAGCAUGGCGGCGGCGGCCGCCCUCGCCGCCGCUCAGCAAGGCCAGCAAAGCACGAUCACAGCGCGACGGGAGUCCCCGAGCUCUUGGCGAGUCAUACAUCUCAAGCAAGCUGCCGGCCCGCAGCAUCAUCAUGCACACGGGCCCGGGCUCCUAGGUCAUACGCCAACCAGCAAGGGGCCUGACUCUGGGUGCGAGGGGGGGCGGGCAGGCCAGCCAGGCCACGCCCGCCGUGGAUGGCAUGGCAUGGCGGACUGGUGGUGGACUGGUGGUGGAUUGGCGGAUGCAGAUACGUCGUCGUCGUCGUCGUCGCCGUCGUCGUUGCUGUGGGACGCCCGCUGGCUGCGAGGGAGAGGGGGGAGGAGGCGUGAUGCGAUGCGAUGCGAUGCUACAGCCGCGGCCACACGCACUGCACGCUGCCCACCAGCCCAUGAUCCAUCCGCCGGCGCCGCUCGAGGGCCUUCUGUUGCCUUCGCCCGUCUGCGUCUGCUGCUGCUGCUGUUGCUGUUGCUGCAGGCGGGUGGUGUGGCUGCACGUCCAAUGCAAGUGAGGAUGCCGCAUGGCCUUUAG